UCAUGUUAGAUAUUGGGAGUAAAAUAAUUGGUGUUCGAGAACUAAAUGAAAAAUUAUACUCUUCAUGAUGGUUACCUUGUAAAAUACUUCUAGAGAUAUUCGUGGCGGGGCGCAACUAAAAUACGAGCAGGCGCAGAGCUAAUAACCUCUUUCUUUUCCUACUAGCUUUGCUGAACACUGUGUCACAAUGGCAAAAGUAAGAUGUGCCGACCUUCGCAAGAAGGACAAAAAAGAGCUCCUGAAGGGAGUUGCUGAGCUCCAGACAGAGCUGAUGAACUUGAGGGUAGCUAAAGUUACUGGAGGAGCUGCCAGCAAAGUAGCCAGAAUCCGUGAUGUAAGGAAGGCUAUCGCUCGCACAUAUAUUGUUAUGAAUCAGAAGCAGAAGGAGAACCUUCGCUUAUUAUUCAAAAACAAGAAGUACAAGCCUCUUGACUUGAGACCAAAGAAGACCCGUGCUAUCCGCAGGCAGUUGACCCCUCAUCAAGCCAGCCGCAAAACAAUGAAAGAGAUUCGCAAAAACUCUGCUUUCCCAAAAAGAAACUACGCUUUGAAAAUCUAACUUGAAUAAAUUUUUAAGUUAAUAUUUUCAUAA